CGCUCAAAAUCCAAUUACCCAAAAAUACCUUUGGCAAACAGAAAAAACUCUUCUGAAAAUGAAUCAAACAUUUUCAUUACAAGAUACGUAUAACACGAUGAGCUGCUUCAGUGUGAUGGCGGCAGACUACAAAGACCGUUGUAGCUUAGCUAUGUCUGUGAAGAAUUGCGGCCAGGUUAUGAACUUUUUUAAGUAUUACGAAAUGUUGUACUGUCGUAUAGAUAUUCAAAAUCAGGUUACUGAGUUAGCUAUGAUAAUCAUAUUGGUCUUAAUUGCGAUCAUACUAAUGAUAACUACAGCGUAUUUGGUGGAUAAAUACUUUGCUCCAACAUUAAAAAUUAUUGCAGUCAAGCUGAACAUGAAUGAGUACCUGGCAGGAGUAACAUUACUGGCCUUUGGCAAUACUUCGCCAGAUCUUAUGGCCAAUUUAAUGCCAGUUCGAAGGCACGCACCCCUUUUUACCAUAACUAUAAGCAAUUCUUUAGCUCUUAUUCUAAUAAGUGGCGGAAUGGUGUGCUACAUGAGGUCCUUCAAAAUAAAUGGACACUGUGCCCUACGCGAUCUACUAUUCGUGCUACUUGCUUGCGAGUUGCUUAUCUUUGUAAUGUUAAGCGAAACCCGUAUGACAGCAAGCGAGGGAGUCGUGCUUAUAUCUUUAUAUGUUGUGAACUUGAUUGUCGUUCUUGUGGAUAGAAAGUUGGUAGGUCUAACUAUAAUAAAACUUCACAGAGAGAUCGAUUUGAUAUUGAACGAAUCUAUUACACUAGAACGAGAAUCGUUACUGAGACAAAAAAUUACCUUAUUGCGCGAGCUGAAGCUAGACCAAAUAUUGAUUGUACGCCACCGACAUAAUGAAGCAAACCUAAUCCCUUCCUCUCACAGUUUUAGUCGAACACAUUCUUUAAAUGGAUUCUCAACAAGGAAAAAUAGUGAUCUGCCACCAGCAGUUAAUCUAGUACAAACGCGAAAUUCUAUGUAUCAUCCACGUAACCGUAGGAAUAAAUCAUUGUUCAUGGAAUUUUUCAAAGAUCUGGUACCCGUGGAUUUAGACAAAUGGAGUGAAAGAGGCUGGUUUAGGCGCACUAUUGAAAUACUACUCUCACCUAUUGCUCUGCCUUGUUGCAUUUUUAUACCUGUUGUCGACUACUCGCGAAAGAAGCAUGGAUGGAGCAAGCUGCUUAAUUGUACACAAAUUAUUACCAAUCCAUUUAUGUUUAUUAUCCUGACACAAGCAAUGAUUUCCAAUGAGUACGACCACUGGCAUUUGUCUAUAGAAUACAAUUAUGCGAAAUGGUCAUUGGUAGUGACCGUGCCUCUUGCCAUUGUCGCCUUUAUUAAUACACGCACGGAUAAGCCGCCACAAUAUCAUAUACUUUUUGUUAUACUUACCGCCAGCAGCUCGAUGCUUAUGAUAGCGAUUUGUGCCACCGAGCUGGAGGUACUCUGUUGUAUUAUUGGAGUUGUCUUUCAUAUGUCGGAAAGUUUUGUUGCUAGUAGCAUUCGAUCAUUUUCAGCGGCAGUUACUGACGUGAUUAUGAACCUGGAGCUCGCCAUGCAGGGCUAUGACCGAAUGGUAUUUGCUGCGACCUUAGCUGGACCAUUUUUCUGCAUUACGAUCUGCAUGGGCGUUCCCAUGUUUUUCCAACAUGAGCGGCAUCAAGGCACUGCACAUUGGCUCUUUGGGGAACAUGGUGCGAACUGUUAUUUUUUUUUUUUGCUAACUAUUUUUACAACUCUGAUGUGGACCAUAACUUUUAAUUUCUUUGCUCGACGUUCGGCGGCAGUUUUUGCAUUUACAUUGUAUCUGUUAUUUAUAUUGUAUGCGGUGCUCGUUGAGUGGGGUUGGAUACAUGAGUUUGCAGAUGAUUUAAGUUUUGAACCCAAAUAAGACGAUUUUGUGAACCCUGCUAAAGGAAGGGGAUCAAAUUGCGCGUAUUUAGAACAAUUUUAACUAAAAUUAAAUUAGAGAUCAGAACAAUUUUUAACUCCAAGAGAGGUAUAAAUAAAAUAUACA